GCGUGAGCAAACACCACAGUCCGGCGGGAAAGGCGCGCGCAGCUGAAUGAAACGGAGCGCAUGGAGCCCGCGCAGGGACUUUGACAGGCGGACUUGUGGAAAAAGUACGGGAUUCUGCAAAUCCUCUGCAUUCGCUUACAGGUUAAAAUAAGCAUUUGUAUUUACCUCCCUGGAGUGCAGCAGCGAUGCCGGCGCGUGAGGCUCGAGCGUCCUUCCGUGAGCUUUCUUUUCUCAUCCCGGUUAGUCUCAUUUUGACUGAUUUGCUUUGCGGAAUCAUUGCUUUUAACUUGGAUUUGGAAAACCCCGCUGUGUACAGUGGACCCCCUGGGAGCUACUUUGGAUACUCCCUGGACUUUUAUCAUCCGACGCAGGACAGGAGCGCUGUGUCAGUGCUGGUCGGGGCUCCCAAAGCCAACACCACCCAGCCUGGGAUAGUGGAGGGCGGUGCGGUCUAUUACUGCUCCUGGCCCCCAUCUGAGCAGGACUCAUGUCGGGAGAUCCCUUUCGAUAAAGCAAAUAACAGGAUGAUCAAAGUGAAUGGCACACGAGAACCGCUGGAGUAUAAAUCCUACCAGUGGUUUGGAGCUACUGUCCGAACACACAGGGGUAAAGUAGUGGCCUGUGCGCCUCUCUAUCACUGGCGAACAGUAAAGGUUAGCGGUGAGAUGGAUCCAGUGGGCACAUGCUAUGUUGCUGUGCAGAACUUCAGUGCCUAUGCAGAGUACUCACCUUGCAGAACACACAAUUCCGAUCCUGAAGGACAAGGCUUCUGUCAGGCCGGUUUCAGCGUCGACUUCACUAAGGAUGGGACAUUAGUACUAGGAGGACCAGGGAGCUUCUACUGGCAAGGCCAAGUGAUCACUGCAGGAGUAGCGGAAAUCUUAAACGGCUACUCUUUGAAGGCGAUUCUCCGAAAGGUGCAGGGAGAGAAACAGACAGCAGCCGCCUCAGACGCCUAUGACGACAGCUACUUGGGAUACUCUGUAGCUGUGGGCGAGUUUACUGGCGAUUCACAACAAGAGUUGGUAGCAGGAGUUCCGCGAGGAGCGCAGAACUUCGGCUAUGUUGCUGUGAUAAACUCAACAAGUCUCGCCCUCGUUCAGAAUUUUACCGGCGAACAGAUGGCUUCAUAUUUUGGGUACACUGUGGCAGUAACAGACAUUAAUGGAGACGGGUUGGAUGAUGUUCUGGUCGGAGCUCCUCUGUAUAUGGAUCGGGAGUUUGAGAGUAAACCACGAGAAGUGGGCCGGGUUUACCUCUACCUACAGGAGGACACGCUCCUCUUCUCAGCUCCCAUAACGCUCACCGGUAUACAUCUGUUUGGACGCUACGGUAGUGCCAUUGCUCCUCUUGGAGACAUCAAUCAGGACGGUUACCUGGAUGUGGCAGUGGGGGCUCCGUUUGCAGGCGAGGACCGCGGCGGUUGUGUCUUUAUCUAUAAUGGCGAGAAGUCUGGUUUGAGGCUGAAGGCAUCACAGGUGCUCAAAGGAUCUUGGGCUACGACUGGAACCCCAGCAGGCUUCGGGUUUACGCUGCGUGGGGACUCGGACUUGGACAACAACCAGUACCCCGAUCUAAUUGUUGGUGCUUUUGGAGCUGACAAAGUAACAGUGUACAGAGCAAGACCCGUGGUUACAGUAGACGCUCAGCUCAUCCUAACUCCCAAAAUCCUUAACCCGGAGAACAAAACCUGCCUCAUGCCCGGCUCUAACGUCAUGGUCCCCUGUCUGAGAGUGGACGUCUGUGCUAAAGUCUCUGGUAUUGGAAUUCCAGAAACCAUUGCUCUAAACAUGGAGCUGCAGUUGGACUCGCUAAAGCAGAGAGGUGCAGUGAAGCGGGUUCUUUUCCUCAACUCACAUCAGCACCAGCGCUCACUCAAGAUGCUUCUGGGCCAGCGAGAUCGCCAGCGAUGCCUCAACCACACCAUCUACCUGCGGGAUGAGACCGAAUUUAGAGAUAAGCUGAGUCCCAUCAGUGUGGCUCUGAAUUACAGUCUGGAUCAGAUGUUUCCUGUAUCUGCCCUCCAGCUGCGACCCAUACUGGACCACUACAGCAUGUCCUUUCACCGUGAACAGGCAAACAUCUUGUUGGACUGCGGAGACGACAACAUGUGCAUCCCAGAUCUUGAGCUCUCUGCUAAAAUUGACCGGACAGAGCUUGCCAUAGGUGAUGAAAACCCACUGAUGCUUACCAUCAUGGCAGCGAAUCAUGGAGAAGGAGCGUACGAGGCGGAGCUUGUGGUGCGUCUCCCACCAGAGGCAGAUUAUAAUGGCAUGGAGCGCCGACGGGAGGACCUACAGAUUCUUAAUUGUGAGCACAGGAUGGGAAAUGACACCCAGUUGGUUAUAUGUGAAUUGGGAAACCCAAUGGUGGCUGGAGCAAAUGUUUCUAUAGGAUUGCGAUUCUCUGUCCAGAGGUUAGAAGAUGCUGAAGCAAAAAUUGGCUUUGAGCUACAGAUACACAGCACCAAUAAAGAUAACCCAAAGAGUAACCCUGUGAAUUUGACUCUCAACGUCGUCGCACGAGCGCAAGUGGACAUCAGAGGUGUCUCCCUCCCAGCUCAAGUAGUUCUUCCUUUUCCUCACUGGGAGCCCAAAGAGAAACCAGUCAGAGAAGAUGACAUCGGGCCUCAGAUCCAGCAUAUCUACGAGCUGUAUAAUAAAGGUCCAAGUUCUGUGAGUGGCACAAUUUUGGAGGUGGGCUGGCCCAGUCGCCAUCGAGAGGAACAUCUGCUUUAUGCCAUGGAGAUCAUCACUGACGGACCGAUUCGCUGUCACAUCAAUGGCUCACUUAACCCACUGGACCUCGAGGCGUCCACUUUGCAAGACACUCCAGAGCUGCUUGGUUUUCUGCGCAACACCAGCGGCGGGCCGACCCGUCGCAGGAGAUCUGUUACCACGACUCAGAGCUACAGCAGCAAAACAUUGAAUUGCUCUAAUAUCCAUUGCCUGAUGCUGAACUGUGUUGUGGGUCGUUUGGAUCAAGGACAGAGUGCAGUGGUCAAAGUUCGGUCAAGACUCUGGGCUCACACCUUCCUCCAGAGGCGGAAUGAUCACUACCUCGUCAACUCCACCGUAUACUUCCAAGUAACAGGCAUGCCGUACCGCAUCAAACCACAUAACCUGCCACGGCAGAGUAACUCGAUCGGUACAUAUGUGGUAUGGGCGAUUCCUGAUCUCUCCUUUGCCAUUCCUCUAUGGGUGAUCAUUCUGGCCAUCCUACUGGGACUCCUGGUGCUCGCCAUUCUAACCCUGGUUAUGUGGAAGUGUGGGUUUUUCGACCGAGCGCGACCACCGAAAGACGACAACGUCUCGGACCAGGAGCAACUGACAGCCGAGAAAUCGACAGAUGCGUAAAAGAGAGAAGCGGGAAAACAAGAACAUGGAAGAAAUAGCCAUGAGGACGUGGAAUGAGCUUUGAUAGAGGGACUUGAAGCAUGUCUGGAGCAUCUGAACUAACGAUCUGACCCUCUCUCCCAUGCUGCACUGGGAUCUGUGUCACUCUGGGAAACACGGGCGUUUAUGGAAAACUUGAAUCGGACAGAGCGUGGGUUUCUGGAUCUGCGGUGCCUUUUCUCAGAACCAACAGUUAGGGACAGCACGAGGGAAAACCUGGUUCUUGCGUUAUAAACACCGACGACAAUCAUUACACACACCGAGACCGAACGAUGCACGCUGGGAAAGCAGGAUUCCUCUUAAAUGCACAGCUCACUUUGCUUUAAAGAACUGUAACACUGCUGAGAAUUUCUAGGAGCUGUAAGAAGAGCUUUUUCCAAACUGUAUUUUCAACUGAAAAUGACAUCUUCUCUGAGUGCCUAUACACACACAAACACACACACAUUAGUCCUGUAAAUGAAAAAACACAUCGUCCAAAAAAGAACACUGUAUACCAUGACUUUUUUUUCUUAAAACUCACACACUAAAAAGGGCUUAAUCUAGAACCCUGAGGUUCUUUGACUUUAAAGGUUAAAGGUUCUAUAUAGAACGUAUACGGAACAGUAGAAUGUUUGUGUCAGAGCGAGGUCUAUUUAGAAAGUUAAAAAAAAAAAGAACCACUAAAAACCCUGGUAAUUUUUUUCUUCUAAAAUCUGUGUUCUAAGAGUACUUAAAAGUGUUUUCCCCUGUAAUGAUUUAACUUGUAAUGUAUUUAAUUAGAGCAUGUAUUUUGCCAAAAUUUACCAGCUGAACGUUUCACAUCACGGGAGUAGUAUAUGAAUUGAUAAGUAUGUGCAAUAUUGCGAUAUUUGUUUGUUGUUUAUUUGUUGGAUUUUUUUUUUCCUUGUUAUUUUUUAGUUGCUAAAAUCAUUUGUACACUGGCUCCUAUUUUGAGUUUUUGAACUUGAGGUUCAAGUUGUUUUGUAUAUAAAGUUAAAAGAGAAAUAUUUUUAAGCUGUAUGAUUGAUGGAUGAAUGGAUGUCUGGUGUUAAUGUAAAAAGGCAAUCAUGAUACACCUGUUCUGCGCAUGACACCGUAGCGUCACAUUCAACUCUGGGUUUUAGAUCAUAUAUGAGGAAAAAUUGUCCCCAAAAUCGGUAUGGAUCAAAUCAACAGCAACUCCAUGGAUUUUUACUUUUUUAUUAUAAAUUACCAAUAUAAAAUAUAUGUAGUGACAUUUUGGCGAAUAAACAGAAUUCAAAAUCCAAACUAUGGACUUACCAGGCUGACUGAGUACCUGGACAGUUUUGCUUUCCACUGAUUAUAACUGUAGGGUUAAUUAAGCACCAAAAUGCAUUUCUAGUAAAAAAAAAAAUAUUAAUGUCACUUGCUAAUAAAUUUUGUAUUUAACUUUUCA